GAAAGAGAUCCAUAUAUUAUUAUCAAAGGAAAGGAAAUUGAGGUUAUAUUUUAUAAUCACGUUUCACGUUUCAUGACUCGACUCAUAUUUGAUUGAUAUUCGAUAAAAGAUAAAACUAUUUUAUUUAAGAUGAAAGUAAGAACAGACCAUUGGGAUUUGUUAUUAACGAUGGCCGAAAAUACUCCAAAAUUAAUAACGAAUAAAUUUAAUGGAAUUGCUGGCAAAGCCAAAGACCACGCCAUGUGGCAAACGUUGGCAAAUAGAUUAAAUGGUUUGGGCUUUGGCGAAAAAACCACAGCAGAAUGGAGAAAGGCUUUGACUGAUUGGAAAUCAAAAAUAAAAGCCAAAGCCGCAAAAUUGAGAAUGGCCCAAGAAGAAACUGGAGGUGGACUUUCUACGGCAUUACCCCUCACAGAAUAUGAGAAGAGACUUCUUAGUUUAAUGGGCAAUGUUGCCGUAGAAGGUGAUAGGGCAGUAAUUGAAUUUGGCUGCGAGAUAGGCGAGGAAGAUGUCCAAGAAAAACACACCGUAGAACAUGCCCAAGAAAAACACACGGUAGAAUAUGCCCAAGAAAAACACAUAUCAGAGGAUCAUGAUUAUGAUAGAAGGUUGGUAGAUUCUCCAACUCCGUUAAAAAGGAAACGGGUUAGAGAAAAUUCAAAUGUGCGCAUUUCAAAUGAACUACUUGAAAUGAACAAGGAAACAUUAAACGUGCUAUCCAAUAUUAAUUCAAAUAUUGAGAGCAUAGCAGAAAUAAUAGCAGCAAAUAUAAACAAAUAAUUUUCGUUCGUUAAAAGCUGGGAUCGAGGUUCAU